ACUGUUCAUCCUGUUCGGCUGGUGCCUACUCCUGUUUGACGUCCACCACCAGACGGAGCUCUGCAGCGAUGCGUGUGAUUAGGAACAGCGUGCCUGAGACUGAAAGAGCGCGCUGCUGUUUCUGCUUUGGAGAUGACACAGAUGACUAUGAUGAGGAGCAGACUGGAGGAGGACAAAAUGUUUUAUAUGAUGAGAGACAGGGAACCAUCUACAGCUACACCUACUUCCACUUUGUCUUCUUCCUGGGUUCACUCUAUGUCAUGAUGACUGUCACAAACUGGUUCCACUUUGACAACCAUAAGAUAGAGAAGCUGCUGGAUGGCAGUUGGUCUGUGUUCUGGAUCAAGAUGGCGUCCUGCUGGGUCUGUCUCAUCCUCUACAUGUGGACCCUGCUCGCCCCCAUGGUCUGCCCCAAACGCUUCGAGGCCUAACACACACACAUGCAGACACCGAAACACAGCCCAACAUUAUUUUCUGCUUUCUACGUGGGUUUUUUGUGUUGCCUUUUGUUUUUCAUGUUUUAGUGUUUUAUAUUGAAUUUUUGACCAGUUAUGAAUACUUUAAGCUAUUGUUGCCGGGAAGGCAGUUGAUGUCAUUCAUUUUUACUAUCAUUGAUGUAUGGGGUUACAUUCAGGUUGGACUCAUAGCUUGACUCUUGGGGGUGCCUAAAACAAUGGGCUGGACCAAUGUUCAUACAAUAAUGUAUGUGGCUCCCCAUGGUCAUAAUGGUGCCCUGAUUCUGUUAUGGGAGUGUCCAGCACCAAUAUCAUUUCAACCCUGUUUACAUGUUUGCUUACAUGUGUGAUUCCCAUACUUGUCUCUGUUAUUCUUUUAUUCCCAUGAAGAGAAGUUCCAUUUCUCAGGCUCAUACAUCAGCUUGCUUGUUAUUUUUGGAUUUUUUUUUUUACCCCUUUUUCUCCCCAAUUUCGUGGUAUCCAAUUGGUAGUUAGUCUUGUCCCUUCGC